AUGGGAGCCAAACAAAUGAAAUGUCUCAGUGCCCCAAGCCCCACACACUCUUCCAAAGAGGAAUACAUCAUUACCCAGGUGGAAGACCUAGGAGGACUUGCCGAUGACCAAAAAGAACCACUAGACACUCAGACAGAGACUGUCACGUCUGCUAUUGAUGAGCAAGCUCCUGGUGGGACAGAAGAGGGGAGCACAUGGGAGGAGCAGCUAUGUGCACAGCAGGAGCAGCUUGAGAAAGAGAUGCAGGAAACCAGGAAAAUGGUGUCCCGUCUGCAGGCACUGCUGCUCCAUGGCUCACUACCUGAAGAUGAGCAAGGCACGCCGCUGACUUUUGGGGACAGUGCUGCAAGCGCAGAGCAACAGCUGAUUUUGAUCCGUAGUCGUCUUGAUCAGAGCAUGGAGGAGUCUCUGGAUCUCAAAAGAGAGCUGAUGAGGUACAAGCAGGAGGCACGCAACCUGCAGGCCAUCAAGGAUGCCCUUCAGCAACGCAUGUCAGCACAGGAGGACUCAGUGCUCCAACUAAAACAGGAGCUGCUGAGAUCUGGCAUGGCCAGAGAUGAAUUGGCUGGACAGAAUGUGGAGCUGCAAAGGAAGCUGAGUGAUCGAAACAGGCUGCUCAGUGAAUACAAAAAAGAGCUUGGCCAGAAAGAACGACAACUUCAACUACAACAAAUUAAACUAGAUGAAGCUUUGCGCAACAUCACUGACAGUGGUCAUCAAAGGUUGUCUGGUUGUGAGAACAAUGGAUAUAGUCACAUGAUGGAAACUUCUUCCCCUGCCUUUCCUCAUAAAGCAGGAGAUGAGUUACAGCUUGUACGGGAUGCUCUGAGAAGCCUGAGAAAUAGCUUCAGUGGUCAUGAUCCUCAGCACCACACGCUGGACACACUGGAGCAGGGCGUGGCCAGCCUCAUGGACCGCCUUCACACUCUUGACCCAAAGCGAAAGCACGACAGAAAGGGUCCAGCCAAGUCUCCAGGAAGAAGAGCCAAUCACACAGACCGAGAAUCGUGGCCACCAAGCUCCAAAAUCGCCCACUCUCAUAGCAGCCCUGUGCUCAACGCAACUGUCUCCACUAAAGUGCUGUAUUUCACUGAUCGCUCACUCACACCAUUCUUAGUCACCAUCCCUAAAAGACUGGGGGAGGUUACACUUAAGGACUUUAAGGCAGCUGUGGACAGACAAGGCAAUUUCAGAUACCACUUCAAAUCUCUGGACCCAGAGUUUGGUACAGUGAAGGAGGAGGUGUUUUUGGACGAUGCAGUGGUACCUGGGUGGGAAGGAAAGAUUGUUGCUUGGGUGGAAGAGGAUCACAGCGAGGGCAGAUGA